CUGUGACUGUAAUGCUACAUAAACCUUUCAGAAAAUGCUGACAAUGCUACAGGAGACAGACAGAGACUGCAGACAUAGUACAGGAGAUGACCAGAGACUGCAGACAUAGUACAGGAGAUGACCAGAGACUGCAGACACAGUACAGGAGAUGACCAGAGACUGCGGACACAGUACAGGAGAUGACCAGAGACUGCAGACACAGUACAGGAGAUGACCAGAGACUGCAGACAGUACAGGAGAUGACCAGAGACUGCAGACACAGUACAGGAGAUGACCAGAGACUGCAGACAGUACAGGAGAUGACCAGAGACUGCGGACAUAGUACAGGAGAUGACCAGAGACUGCGGACA